CAUCCUCACCGACAUGCACAUGCUAAGUCAACAGCCGUUAGUUAAGUGUUGAGUAAUUUUACUCACUAUUUAUGAUAACAAAUUUAAAAACGGUCUGGAAAUUAAUGAAUUAUAACCAAACAACAAUAAUCAGUAUUCAACGGCUUAAUAUUUACUACACUAAUAAUAAUAAUAAUAAUAAAUGGAGUCCGAAACAGUGGGCAUUGAGAAGUUAGAGGUUAAUGGAGACAGCUCACCAGAGGAUGUCGUUACUCCUUGGACUGUUGAAAGUACCAAUGAUACGGGGAUAGAUUACGAUAAAUUAAUCAAGAAGUUUGGCAGCUCGAAGAUAGAUCAGGAAUUGUUGGAUAGAUUUGAAAAAAUAACUGGAAAACCCUGUCAUCAUUUUCUGCGCCGUGGUAUAUUUUUUUCACACCGGGAUAUGCACACAGUAUUGAAUUUGUAUGAACAGGGCAAGCCAUUCUACUUGUACACAGGAAGAGGUCCCAGUUCAGAUGCAAUGCACGUUGGACAUAUGAUACCUUUUGUCUUUUGUAAAUGGCUCCAAGACGUAUUCAACGUUCCGCUGGUGAUCCAACUGACUGAUGAUGAAAAAUCAAUAUGGAAAAAUAUUAAAAUAGAAGAUGCCAUUAAGCUGUCGUAUGAAAAUGCUAAGGACAUAAUCGCUUGUGGAUUUGAUUUAAAUAAAACCUUCAUAUUUUCAAAUCUUGAGCACGUUGGCAGUAACCCAGCAUUUUAUCAAAAUAUGAUAAGAAUCCAAAAGUCGGUGACGUUUAAUCAGAUCAAAGGAAUAUUCGGCUUUGGUGACAGUGACCCAGUUGGUAAAAUUGCAUUUCCACCAACCCAAGCAGUUCCAGCAUUUUCCAGCACGUUUCCAUUUAUUUUUGGAGAUGCUAAAUUGCCUUGUCUGAUUCCCUGUGGCAUUGAUCAGGAUCCGUACUUCAGAAUGUCCAGAGAUGUUGCUCCAAAAAUGGGUUUUCCUAAGCCGGCAUUGUUGCAUUCCUCAUUUUUCCCAGCUCUGCAAGGAUCGCAAACAAAAAUGUCUGCCAGUGAUAUAAACUCGGCUAUAUUUUUAACAGACACUCCUAAGCAAAUUAAAAAUAAAAUAAAUAAACACGCGUUUUCUGGCGGACAGACUACCGUUGAAGAGCACAGGAAACUCGGUGGGAACUGUGAUAUAGAUAUUUCUUACCAGUGGUUACGGUUUUUCCUCGAAGAUGAUGAUAAAUUGAGUGAAAUCAGGAAGAACUAUACAAGUGGAGCCUUGCUGACUGGAGAAUUGAAGCAAGAAUUGAUUAAAAUACUUCAGGAGGUUGUAGGUUCACAUCAAGAACGCAGGAAAACUAUCACUGAUGAUCUAGUUAAAGAAUUUAUGAAGCCGAGAGAUCUCGGUUUCGUACUUAAAAAAUAAUUUUAAUUGGCAAGAAAUAAAAUUGAAUUUCAAAUGAUUUAUACUUUCUUCAUACUAUUUAUUAUUUAUAAAAAUCGAUGUUUAUAAAUAAACAGCCUUAUUAA